CGUGUUUCCGGCCUCAACACCGGGAGCAGUGAGCAGAGAGAAACCGUUAGUUGCAUCAAAUAACGGCAGAAACACCAAUGACUUAGUUCGUUAAUCAGAGAUGGACCGACACCGGAAACAGCUGGAAGUGGUUUUAAAACCGGAAGCGAAGCCGCGAGGUGAAGUUUUACCCUCAGACUUCCAGGAAGUGAUGGUGGGUGCAGGCAUCCAGCAGCUGUUGGUGGUUAAAGAAGAGGUUCCCCCUGAGCAGCAGGAGUGGAGCUCCAGUGUGGACCAGGAGGACCCAGAGCCCCCACACAUUAAAGAGGAAGAGGAGGAACUGUGGAGCAGUCAGGAGGGAGAGCAGCUUCAAGGGCUGGAGGAGGCUGAUAUCACCAAGUUCACAUUCACUCCUGUCCCUGUGAAGAGUGAAGAUGAUGAAGAGAAACCUCAGUCUGAGGGACACCACUGUGGAGGACCAGGACCAGACAGGAACUCACAUCCAGAGCCAGAUUUAGAACCAGAUACUGAGGAUGAGAAGCCUGACGAUUCUUUAGUAGCUGAAGUACGACUGGUGUCCGGAGACUCUUCUGAAGCUGAGACUGAUGACAGUGAUGAUUGGACGGAGACCAGAGAACCUCAGUCAGGUUCAAACUCUCUGAAAAACGAUAACGUCCCUGUCUGUGAUUCUAGACGUAGCGCUGUUGAGAAACCGUUGAUCUGCUCCGUUUGUGGUAAAACCUUUAAACGAAAACGAGACCUGGAGGAUCACAUGAGAACUCACACGGGAGAAAAACCCUUCAGCUGCUCAGAGUGUGGGAAACGAUUUGGCUUCAAGUCCCAAAUAAAGGAACACAUGAGAACGCACACGGGAGAGAAACCGUUCAGUUGCUUGGACUGCGGGAAAAGCUUUGGCUGCAAGGCGAACCUGAAGCGACAUGUCAUCACGCACACGGGGGAGAAAAACUUCAGCUGCUCAGUGUGUCAGAAGUCGUUCACGGAGAGUGGGAGUUUACAGAAACACCUGAGGAUCCACACCGGAGAGAAACCGUUCAGCUGCUCCGUUUGCGGGAAAAGUUUUAUACAAAAUGAAGUUCUGAAGACGCACAUGAGAACUCACACAGGAGAGAAACCCUUCAGCUGCUCAGUUUGUGGGAAAUGUUUCAUGCACAAGGACUACUUAGUUUAUCACAUGCGCAGCCACACAGGAGAGAAACCGUACAGCUGCUCUGUCUGUAAGAAAGAUUUCACCCAGAGUGGAAAUUUACACGAACACAUGAGAAUCCACACGGGAGAGAAACCGUUUGGCUGCUCUGUGUGUGGCAAAGAAUUCACCGGAAGCGCAAAUCUGAGGAAACACAUCAGAACACACACAGGAGAGAAACCGUUCAGCUGCUCCCUCUGUGAGAAAUCUUUUGCCCAAAGUGGGAAUUUACAACUGCACAUGAGAGUCCACACAGGAGAGAAACCCUUCAGCUGCUCCGUUUGCGGGAAAGGAUUUAUCGGAAGUGGGAAUCUGAGCAAUCACAUGAGAGUCCACACGGGAGAGAAACCAUUCGGCUGCUCAGUGUGCGGGAAAGAGUUCAUUGAUAGUAGAAAUCUGGGGAAACACAUGAGGAUUCACACGGGGGAGAAACCAUUCAGCUGCUCUGUCUGUGCGAAGUCUUUUUCACAGAGUGGUAACUUACAGCUGCACAUGAGGAUUCACACUGGAGAGAAACCGUUCAACUGCUCAAUAUGCGGGAAGGAAUUCACAGGAAGUGGGAAUUUGAGGAAACACAUGAAAACGCAUAAGGGAGAGAAACCUGUCGUCUGCUCCGUGUGUGGAGAUACUUUAAAUGACGAUGUUGAAAGUCAUGAGUGUGCUUUGAAAAGCAGCGGCAGCAAAACUGCGGGUUCGGAUGAAACUCUUGAGCCACAGACAGUUGAAACCGCUCUGGACGUGUUUGAAAUGAGAUCAUCAGAGUAAGAAAGUUGUUUUUCUUCUACUGUGAACAAACAGCGUUCAGUGUUGGUUGUUGGUUGACUCUGUGCAUGAAGGCAAAAAGAGAAAAAGGUGAAUGAUAGGAGCAAUUUAUGCAGAUGAAGUAAAUGUAAAUACACAAUUGGACACACAUUUCCAAUGGACACAACUGCAAUGACACAACAUACACAAAUUAUUUUUCCAAGAAAAUGCCUAUCAAUGUCUGAAAAAUCAUGUUUAAAUUUUUAAAAAGUUGGUAAAUUGUCCAAAGAACAAAGUCCCAAGAAAUGUUGAUGAAAAUAAUAUUAUAUUAAAUUGUCCCAUGAAGUGUUUUAAAAAAAAACAUUUCCAAAAACAAAGUAAAUUUAAAAAAAACUGUUGAUAAAAUAUUCAGAACACAUUAUUAAAAUUUCAGAAAAAUGUUAAUAGAAUAACCAAACAGUUUUCAAAAGUAAAACAAAAGAUAAUAUUAAAUUGUCCAAUAACAUAUGAAAAAAAUGUCUGAAAAAAAUGAUGAAUAGUGCAAUUUCACGUCAAAUGCUUAUUUGCAAAAAUUGAAAAAUCUAAACUUCAGCAACAGAUUCAUAUUGUGAUAGUCAAUCUGCAUUGGAUCCUCCAGGAACAUAUGACACCUUUUUGUAUCUUUUUGGCACUCACUUUCAUGCUCGUUUGAUGGGAGUUAAUCACGCGUAUCAACCAAGUCAACAUAAAAUAUUCUAACGUUCAAACUUGCGCGAGUAACAUGAUAUGAAUUUUCGCACAAGACGCAUAGUGGUUAUUUUCAUAUUUUUCUAGUGUAUUCCUUAAAGUCCAUAUUUUGUUUCGUUCGUAACCUAAUGUUCUCAAGCUACGGCUUUUUUAUGCCUCCCUGUGCUGGCGAUAGCCGUGGCCGUAGGAAUUAUUUUUUCGGAUUGUCCGUGCCUACGUAUGACUGUCCUAUGCUUGUGAAUGCGAUAUCUCAAGAACACUGUGAGGAAAUUUGUUCAGUUCGGCACAAACGUUCACAUAGACUCAAGGAUGAACUGAUUAGAUUUUGGUGGUCAUAUGUCAAAGGUCAAGGUCACUGUGACCUUACGUCCAUCUCAUUGUUAUAAACACAAUCUCUCAAGAACACUGUGAGGGAAUUUCUUCAAAUUUGACACAAACGUCCACUUUGAAUGAAGACUAAACUGACUAAAUUUUGUGGUUGAAGGUCAAGGUAACUCUGACCUUGUGUCUAUCUCAUUCGUGUGAAUGUGGUCAAGGGAAUUUCUUCAAUUUGGCACAAAUGUCCACUUUGACUCAACAAUGAACUGACUAGUUUUUGCUGAAUAGAUCAAAGGUCAAGGUCUUUGUGACCUUGUCUGCCUCAUUCUUGUGAACGUGAUAUCUCAAGAACACCUUUGAGGGAAUUUCUUCAAUUAGACACAAAUGUCCACUUGGACUGAGGAACAGAUUGUUAAUUUCUUGCUUUAAACAUUAUUUGUACUGUUUUAAAUCGAACCAAAUCCCAGAAUUUUAAUGAUAUGACUUUGAAACAGUGUGCUCAUGUGCUUCCUAUGUCUAACAUUAUAAGAUCUGGUAAGAUGAGCGACAGUAAAUGACAUGUAGUGAUUUAUGGUCCAGUUUGUGUCUUGAUUUUCCCCUAACUGUGAUGCUCCUAAUGUCUGACAUUAUGUACGAUCCUAAUGGCUUUUUUUGUAAUGUAUAUAUUUUGUAAUAUGUAUAUAAAUUGCUAUUGUAGGUGUUACCCUCAGACCUCCACACAGUAAUUAAGAGAUAUAGUGAUUUAUGGUCCAGUAUGCGUCUUGAUUAAAUGUGACUUAUUUGAGGUUUUCAGCUGAUUUCGUGAUCCAUUAUCACUCCCAUAAAUUUGUUUUUACACAUUUAUCUAUAUUGACAUCAUCUUAAGUUGCACUUGCAUAGCAAUAUUUCAGUUUCCAAAUUUAGUGACAGUUUGUUUUUGUCAAAUCGUCUUUUCAGUUUAUUAUUUCUGUUGUGAUCUUCAUAGAAGCAUAAAAUAUUUUCAGUGUUUCCUGAUUUAUUAAACAGCAUUUAUGUUUUUUUUGUACAGAAGACGAGUUGGUUGAAUCAAAAAAGCAGUGAGUGUUUCCCAAACUUAAAUGACUUAAUAAAGAGCUGCUGGGUCCAUGUCAUUGAUUCAACAGUCCAUUGGUUCGACAUCCCAUUAGUCCGACUGUCCGCGGUGCUGAACGGCUCGCGGCGGGCAUAUGGUGCGCCGCGACCGGCUUAAGGCAGAGCAGGCUCACAGCUUAUGUGUUUGUCACUUUCUUUUUCAUUUUAAUCCACACCAUGAUCUUUUCCUGACCCUAACCAAGUGGUUUUUGUGCCUAACCCUAACCAGACCUUAACCACAGGGCAACGUGAUGAUUUCGGAACGGACUUCGGAACAAUGAGUUUAAUAUGGUCAGAACAAUGAGUUUAAUAUGGUCGGAACAAUGGGAUGUUGAACCAAUGGGCAGUUCCCGAGCUGCUUCAUUCACUCCAUAUAUGUCUCUGUUUUUCUCUGAUCACACCAUAGUGUGCCACAACAUGAAGGACAUUUGAACACAUCCUUUAACGACAUCUCCGUGACAUCUGACCAGUAGAUUCCCUGAGUGGUGGGAAAAGGGGGAGGCAUGUUUAAACUGUGUGGAUGGACUUAUGUUUCUUAGUUUGGCUUAAGGGGAGGGAUAUACAACUUGAAAUGGUUUCAUGUCUUCUUUGUUUUAUUUAUAAUAAAAUCAGCAAACUUUUUUUUAGAAAAAAAUUCGCCAAACCCACCAACAGGUUUGGGGGGCAUGUUUUCUUAGAAUAGUUUUGGCUUUUUUUUUUCUUUGAAAUGUUUUUCUGAGUUUCUCUCGCCAAUUUUGUGUGUUUCUUUAAUUCUAUUUAUUUGUUUGUCUAAUAGAUUGGCGGCUUUUUAAAAAUAUUUUUGUUUAAAGCUAUAGUGCGUAACUUCUACAGGUCCGUAAAUGUCCGUUUCACCCAAGCCACUACUAGAGGAGAUGACACAAUGCUGAUUAAGCCAAUCGGCUCCUCUAACAUAUCACAGUAUUUUUCAAUAUAUAUCAUUUUUAGUUUGCGUGUAGACCGGCGACAUUCCUGCGCUGGCGCACAGGAAAUGCAUCCUCACAACAAGAAGGGAGGGGGAGGAAGAGCGGAGAGUGUCACAGCAAGAGGUAGAACGCAGGUAGAAAGUGAAAGCAACAUGGCGGAGUAGCGGUCGAGACACGGUUCAGAAGUGAAUCCUACCACAAAGAAAAAGCGUGGAUGUUCGGCUGAAGGUCUGUUAGCAAAGAAGGAAAGUGACCGACGGAGAAGGCAAACAAGGAAUUGUAUUGGCGUCGCUUUUCCUCGGUGGAGAGCCCUGAAGGAAGGGCUGAGGGCAGACACAGAUGUUGCCUUGCUGCUGUUGUAAACCAAGUGACUUGGUUUAUAAUUAUAUUAUGAGUAGUAUGUGUUGCUGUUACAUGUACUGGACCUAGUACUUUAUUAUUUUCUUGGAAAUGGUGCUAUGAACGUAAUGUAAUGUUAGUAGCCUGGUGUUCACCACGUUGUGUAGCAUUGUGUACAUGGUGUGUAGCGAGUGUUGCUCUGUGUACAUGAUGUGUGGCAACUGGCCAGUGUUACUCUGUACACGGUGUGUGGCGAGUGUUACUCUGUGUACAUGGAAGUGCCGCCGGCUUAUGAGUUGUAAUAACGCAUUAUCCGCUGGGAGGCGACAGAAGUUACGCACUAUAGCUUUAAGUUUUUCUUAUAAAAAAUGUUUGCUUAAGUUUUUCUUGUUUAAGAAAUGUUGCUGUUUAUUUCUCUGUGUAUAUAUUUUGGUGACUUUUUUUUUCUUUAAAAAUGUUUUCUUAUUUUUUUAAUUUGCAUCAUUAUAUUUUUUUUGUUAAAUCAUUUUUAAUUUUGUGUUGUUUAAAAUAUUUUGGUGACUUUUUUUCUUUAAAGUUUUUUCUUUAAAAAUUUGGUGUUUAUUUUUAAAAAGAAAACACCCCCUCUUAACCCAAGGCAUGACGCCUUUAAACAUUUUAGCUGAUUUUUUUUGUUUUUCCUUCCAAAGAAAUUUUUGGUUGAUUUUUUGUUUUCUUAAAAAAUGCAGAUGUAUUUUUUUAUUUUUGCAAUUUUCUAAAAAUUCUUUUUUUUGGCUUUUUUUUUUUUUUUUUUUAAAUGUGACUAAAAAUUGCCAAAAUUACCCCGUUUAUCACAGCCACUGGAACCUGUUCUGAAAUUUGUAACUCAUUUUGAUUUUGAGUUCUUAUUAAAACUGAGCUACAGUGUAAACUCCAGGCUAACGCCACAUGAUGAUUAUAAGAUGGUGGUUUUAUUUUCACAGGAUCUCAGUCAGAGUAAACUAAUGGUACAGCA